AUGGCCGGGUACUGCGACAGCCUGGGCUCCUGCUCUGUCCCCCACGGCCAGGAACGAGCGGUCGCGCAUCCCCCGGGCCACGCGCGCGGGGACCUGGGCCCUUCGGGUGGCGGCCCCCGCCUGUGGGUGAACACGUCCGCGCUCAGCCCGGCGCCCUACACCGCGGCCCCCGGACCUGCGCCCUACACGGCGGCCGCAGGCUUCGCAGCCCCGGGUCCGCUCCUAGGCACCGCGGGCGGCCUGGCGGGCGCGGACCUCGCGUGGCUGAGCCUGUCGGGGCAGCAGGAGCUGCUGCGGCUGGUGCGGCCUCCCUACUCCUACUCUGCGCUCAUAGCCAUGGCCAUCCAGAGCGCGCCGCUGCGGAGGCUGACGCUCAGCCAGAUCUACCAGUACGUGGCCGGCAACUUCCCGUUCUACAAGCGCAGCAAGGCGGGCUGGCAGAACUCCAUCCGCCACAACCUGUCUCUCAACGACUGCUUCAAGAAGGUGCCGCGGGAUGAGAGCGACCCAGGAAAAGGCAAUUACUGGACGCUGGACCCAAACUGCGAGAAGAUGUUCGACAACGGGAACUUCCGUCGGAAGAGGAAGAGGAGAGGGGAGGCGAGCAACGCUGCCCUGGGAACCAGGAGCCCCGAGGGAACUGAAGAAGCUGCUGUGGACCCCCAGGGCUCGGCUUCCCCGGGUCUGCAGGCCUCCAGGUCCGCGCGCACCACCACCUGCCUCUCCAGCUUCUCCACCACGGUGGGCACCCUGACCCGUGGCCUUGGCACCUUUCCUGCCGGCCCGAUGCGCGACUUUUCUUUCGGGAGGCCCACAACAGUGGCCGUCCACAGUCCCCAGAUCCCCAAUACCGCACCACGAUUUGCCCCUGGCCAUCAGAAGACAGCCACCGGCUUUCAGGUGGGUCACCUCAUCUACAGCAGGGAAGGAACUGAAGUUUGA